GAGAGAGAGAGAGAGAGAGAGAGAGAGAGAGAGAGAGAGAGAGAUGGCGCCUCGACGCUGCGCUCACUGAGGCAGUGUUUGGAGUCGGGGCUCGAGAGAUUAAGUUAGAGGAGGCAAAAACCAGGAUAAGAAACAUGGUGAAUACGAAGAAAAACUCACGGCCGAUGAGGAGCGGCCCCUUCAUCUCCUCGAGGACUCGGUCGUCGUCGAGAAACGCUCGAAUCCGUGAGGAACAUAAAGAACCCAUCAGUGAUAUGAGCAGUCCCAGCAGUUCCCGAUUGACUCCCCCCUCCAAGCGGAUGCGCCAACAGGUCGCCUCUGAUCCCAGCACUCGUGACACCUCGCCAUCACCUCAGAGCAAGGGCCAGAGGGUCAGCUGGGACAUUCCCACCUACUGCACCAGGCUAUCCUCGCGUACAAUGCAAAAUGGGCGUGCUCAUAUGAGCCUCCGGAAUGAGAGCAGCGGUGGGGGGGAACACUCCCACAUGAAUGGCCAUGUGGAGCUGAAGAAGAGCUGCCGGGUGAAGAAGAGCCGGUUUGAACACCUCAACCAGAGCCUGCUGUUUGACCAGCUGGUUAACAGUACUGCAGAGGCCGUCCUUCAGGAAAUGGACAAUAUCAGCAGCAUCAGACAGAACCGCGAGGUGGAGCGACUUCGCAUGUGGACUGGAGACACAGAGGAGGAAAAUAUGGACAUGUAUUCCCGUGUGAAGCGCAGGAAAUCGUUGCGGAGGAGCACUUACAGUAUGCCCACACACCACAAAGUCAUGGGCAAAGCGGAGCAGGAGGAGGAGGAGGAGGAGGAGGAGGAGGAGGAGGAAACAGAAGAAUCUCACGAGGAGGAAGAGGAGGAUGACGCAGAAGAUGACGAUGAUGAAGAUGACGAUGAUGACGAAGGGGAUGAAGCAGAAGAGGCGGGAGAGGAAAACGACAGGCCAUACAAUCUGAGACAGCGCAAGACUGUGCAGAGAUAUGAAGCACCACCUAUUGAGCCUGUGAACAGAAAGCAGAGCAACCCUUCACUUUUUGAUACGCACAGAUCUCCAGCCAGAAGAAGCCAUAUAAGAGUGAAGAAACACGCCAUUCACAGCAGCGACACCACCUCGUCUUCCGAUGAGGAGCGGUUUGAGCGAAGGAAAAGCAAAAGCAUGACCCGGGCCAGAAACAGGUGUUUGCCCAUGAACCUGACUGCGGAGGACCUCGCCAGCGGGGUUCUGCGCGAUCGGGUAAAAGUGGGUGCCAGCUUAGCUGAUGUGGAUCCUAUGAACCUUGAUAGUUCGGUGAAGUUUGACAGCGUGGGUGGCCUCACAAAUCAUAUUCAGGCUCUUAAGGAGAUGGUGGUGUUUCCCCUGCUCUAUCCAGAGGUCUUUGAGAAGUUCAAAAUUCAGCCUCCAAGGGGGUGCUUGUUCUAUGGACCUCCGGGCACAGGAAAGACCCUGAUUGCACGAGCACUUGCCAAUGAAUGUAGCCAGGGAGACAGGAAGGUGUCUUUCUUCAUGAGGAAAGGGGCCGACUGCCUCAGCAAGUGGGUUGGUGAAUCAGAACGCCAGCUACGUUUGCUCUUUGACCAGGCAUACCUGAUGAGGCCGUCUAUUAUCUUCUUUGACGAGAUUGAUGGUUUGGCUCCAGUGCGGUCGAGCAGGCAAGACCAGAUUCACAGCUCGAUUGUGUCCACUCUUCUGGCCUUGAUGGAUGGCUUGGACAGUCGUGGGGAGAUAGUGGUCAUCGGUGCUACAAACAGACUUGACUCUAUCGACCCAGCACUCAGGAGGCCUGGACGUUUCGACCGGGAGUUUUUGUUUAAUCUGCCUGACAAGAAAGCCAGAAAGCACAUCCUGAAAAUCCACACACGAGACUGGAAUCCAAAAUUGUCUGAGCCAUUUGUAGAUGAACUUGCAGAAAAAUGUGUCGGCUACUGUGGUGCUGACAUCAAAGCACUAUGCACAGAGGCUGCCUUGGCGGCACUGCGCCGCCGCUACCCCCAGAUCUAUGGCAGCAGCGUGAAAUUAAAGCUUGAUGUCACCUCCAUCAUCCUGGGGCCCUGCGACUUCAGUAAGGCCAUGCGGACAAUCGUCCCAGCCUCCCAGAGAGCCCAGGCUCCCCCAGGCCGAGCCCUGUCCCCCACCCUCAGGCCCCUCCUAGCCAACUCUUUCUCUUUGGUGCUGAAAGCGCUGCUCCGAGUCUUCCCCCAUGCUCAGUAUACUGACAGGGACUACACAAAUGGCGGUGACAAUCAACUGCUUGAAGAGGAGUUGUACAGUGAUGAAGAUGAUGUUCAAGGUCCCGCUUCCAUUUAUGAAGUCCAGACUGCUGCAUCCCCAAAGAGUCAGCUUUCCUCUUCUGCAAUGCACAGACCUUUCCUUCAUUUAUCCAACCCUGUCCUCCAACAGCCCACGUCCUACCGGCCUCGUCUGCUACUGGCCGGGGCCCCGGGCUCAGGACAGAGCUCCCACUUGGCUCCUGCCUUGCUGCACCACCUGGACAAACUGCCAGUCCAUCGCCUUGACUUGCCCACUCUUUACUCCGUCAGUGCUAAAACGCCAGAGGAGUCCUGUGCUCAGGUUUUCCGCGAGGCUCGCCGUAGUGUGCCCAGUGUGGUGUUCAUGCCACAUAUCUCAGAGUGGUGGGAGAUAGUGAGUGACACUGUGAAGAGCACUUUCCUCACCCUGCUGCACGAUGUGCCCUCUUUCAGCCCUGUGCUUAUCCUCGCCACUGCUGAGACUCACUACUCACAGCUGUCAGAUGAGGUGAGAAGUACAUUCCAUAAGACCUAUGGAGAGGUAGUGACAGUCUGUCCUCCAGGAGAAGAGGACAGGAGGAGCUUCUUCUCUGAUCUGUUGCUGGUCCAAGCAGCAAGGGCUCCGCCACGUCUCAGAAACACAGAGAGGUGUGAAGAAGUGCUCCCGGUGGCGGAGGAGUCUGGUCCCAGAGUACUGUCAGCGGAGGAACAGCGCCGCCUAGCUGAGCAGGAGGAGAACACACUACGAGAGCUGCGGCUCUUUCUCAGGGAUGUGACCAAGCGCCUGGCCACUGACAAACGCUUCAGCAUUUUUAGCAAACCGGUUGACAUAGAGGAGGUGUCAGACUACCUGGAAGUGAUCCGGCAGCCCAUGGACCUGUCCACAGUCAUGACUAAGAUUGACACUCACCGUUACCUGACGGUCAAAGACUUCCUCGUAGACAUCGAUCUCAUCAGCAGCAACGCAUUAGAAUAUAAUCCUGACAAAGACCCUGGAGACAAAGUGAUCCGGCACCGAGCUUGCAGUUUAAAGGACACAGCACAUGCCAUAUUUGCUGCCGAGCUGGACCCAGAGUUUGACCGCAUGUGUGAAGAAAUCAAGGAGGCGCGCAGGAAGAGGGACUUCCAGACGCCAGUGCCUGGCACCGUAGCAACCAGAAAGCAGCCUGCCACAGGAGAGGAGCAGGCUGGGAGCAGCAGUCAGGCUGACGCCGCAGAGAAACCGUCCACCCCGAAUAUUUUAAAGCGUAAAGUUUGCCGGAGGCCGUCUUGGAGGUGGGGCAUUAUCCGUAAGAAAAAGAGCCAGAAGAAAGGAACGGAAGAGGAGGAGGAGGAUCCAGAGGUAGAAGUAGAAGCCACUGGACCCAGUGAUUCCUGUUUGACACAGGAUGAAGAUUCAUCCUGUGAUACUUCAGGUCCUCAGCCCAAUGAUCACCAUCCCCACCUCCCCUUCACAGAGGAGGAGGAAAGCUCCGACGAGCCCCUCAUCGAACCUCUAAAAGCCAACGAAGCCCAAGAAGAGGAGGCUGCAGCCAAAGAAGCAGAAUUGGAGAAUGCAGAAAAACACACAGAGCCAUGCGUCCCCGGUGACCACUCCCAGUCCAAGGUGGAGAAGCACUGCCAGGCAAAUCGGGGCAACUUCCAGAAUUCAAUUGAAACGUCUUUCGAUGCCGAGGUCCAGCCGAAGUGCAUUGAGGGUUUCCUUACAGCAAAGGUGGACUGCGUGAACGGAGACGAGUCGAUGGACAGCCUGGAUUCCCAGAGUCUCAGGAGGAGCAGCGAGGCUGCAGCGAUGAGCCCAGCUGAAGGCUGUGCUACCUCCCAGCACAAACACGAAGAGGAGUGCAAACUAACUCAGGAGCUCCCACCCCUGGACGGGAGGGCCAAAACAGAAACGAAUGAUGAUGGGGCGUCCGAAGAGAAUAACUGCAAGAGCAGCCAGCAAGAACAACUGAAGGGAUCUGCUGAACGGGCCGAUGAGGAGCCGCAGCACAGCCCUCCUCAUCCUCCGGUCGUGGUGGACCAUCAGCGACUCGUGGCUCUCCUGGACGUGGUGGUGUUGAAGAGCGACAGCUACAGCGUGGAGCAGCUGGAGAGACUCUACUCCGUCCUCAGCCAGUGUAUCUACCAGCACCGCAGAGAGUACGACAAGACCCACCUGCUGGAGGACCUUGAGGACACAGUCCAGCAUUUUGAUACAUUCCUGUGACACGGAGCUCCUCAACAAUGUGGGACCACAAAGACACAAACAGAAUGUGCAGGAGCCCAAAACUCAAGCAAGGUUCUAUGGUGCUAUUGUCUCAGGAAACUGGCCGGAUCCAGACUCCCCCCUCACCCAACCCCCCCAGUCCCAAUGGGUCACCCUGGGCUUAUCGGGUGCUACGACAAUAGCAACCAACAGACAGAUCGUGUGAUGUUACACGGUUUCCUGACACUCGGAUCCUCACCAGCAGAACUUUGGAACGCUUUAACGGAGGCCGGUUGUUUGUUGUAUUGGUUCCAUAUCUGAGCCGCUAUCAUCGCCUGUGACAAAACCUUAGAGAAUUUUCAUCUUGGGGAACCCUCACAUCGCUCGCAGUCUACCACACCGCCGCCGCUUCUGACUAGUAUCGUCUAGCUGAGGCCCCGCCCACCACUCCCACAGUAGGAAUAUUCAGCGCCUUAUGUGAAAUUGCAAAGCGUGUGGUCUUGGCACUACCUAGUUUGUGGCUUUGAUAUCAGCUGGUUUUUGUUUUGGAGUGAAUCCCUGCAGAACAAGGACACUCUAGGCGGUGCUCGUCCAGCGUUGCGUUAAUAUUUGCUUUAGCUUUACGUAGGUUUUAGAGCAGUUUUCUCUUUGUGUUGGAGGUGCUACGGUUUGACUGUCAGUUCUUUGUGUCAAAUCUGCCGCUAUCUUGAUGGCUCCAGCUCGUCUGCACGGAAUUAAGACCGUAUGCAAACUGGCAACCGCAGGCUAGUACUUGGACUACUGCAGAGAGAAACCAACACUACCUCAGCUGAAUUCAUGCCACAACUGUUUACUGGGUACUCAAAACAAAA